AUGUAUUUUAUCAUCAACUUGAUGAAUUUUGAGAAUGAUUCUGAUCUAGUUCAUGGCCUAUUAGAAGUAGAAGUAGAAGGCUCUCUGGUGGGAUCCUCCAAGACAGAAAAAGAUUGUAGUAAGUUUGAUAAUGAUCGAGUGACAUUGCUUCUUCGGCCCGAACCAAGGAAUCCCUUAGAUAUGAUGCAAAAUGGAUCUUGUUCUACCAUUGAUAAGAGAUUUUUCUCUGAACAAUACGAAUCGGAGUUUGAAGAAGGGGAAGGAGAAGGAGUCCUCGACCUACAACGGAUAGAGGAGGAUUUAUUCAAUCACAUAGUUUGGGCUCCUAGAAUAUGGCGCCCUUGGGGCUUUCUAUUUGAUUGUAUCGAAAGGCCCAAUGAAAUGGGAUUUCCCUAUUGGGUCAGGUCAUUUCAGGGUAAGCGGAUCAUUUAUGAUGAAAAGGAUGGGCUUCAAGAGAAUGAUUCGGAGUUCUUGCAGAGUCAGUACCAGACACGAGAUAGAUCUUCCAAAGAACAAGGCUUCUUUCGAAUAAGCCAAUUAGUUUGGGAUCUUGCGGAUCCAUUCUUUUUUCUAUUCAAAGAUCCGCCUUUUAUCUCUGUGUUUUCACAUCGAGAAUUCUUUGCAGAUGAAGAGAUGCCAAAGAGGCUUCUUACUUUCCAAACAGAUCUUCCUACAACUCUAUAUAAACGCUGGUUUAUCAAGAAUACACAAGAAAGGCACUUCGAAUUGUUGAUUCAUCGCCAGAGAUGGCUUAGAACCAACAGUUCAUUAUCUAAUGGAUUUUUCUGUUCUAAUACUCCAUCCGAGAGUUAUAAGUAUUUAUCAAAGCUGUUCCUAUCUAACUAA